AGCACACGGAGUCUCGCUCUCACCGACUUGAAUGACCAUGCCCCUGUGUUCGAUCCCCGGGCAUACACCAAAACAGUGUCUGAGAGUCUCGCGGUGGACUCAGUCGUAAUCGAGGUAUUCGCCACGGAUGCAGACGCCGCACAAGCAAACAACAAGAUUACAUAUUCCAUAACGCCUCCCAUGAGCGAGUUUAAGUUUGGACCCGAAAAUGGAGUGAUCGUCUUGAAAAAGCGUUUUAACUUUAACAUAGUCUCUGAUUACUCAUUCACGGUGGAAGCCCGGGAUGACGGGGGCCUUUUCGACAGAGCCACUGUGAAUAUUUUAGUGGAAGACUUUGACAACAUGAAUCCCUAUUUCACCCAAAGUCUUUAUCGCGCCGUCAUUCAGGAAGACCAGAUGGGAGGCUUUCUCAGCAUCCUACCUGAAGCCAUUCUGGCCAGAGAUGGAGACAUCGGGAUCAAUCAGACUCUGGUCUACAGCAUCAGAGCAGUCUCCCCAGAUCAGUACACCAGCUCCUUCAGCAUCGACCCUGCCAGUGGCAUCAUCACCGUGGUGAAGGGACUGGACAGGGAGGAAGUUACCAUGGCGACCCUGAACAUCCAGGCGGCUCAGACUGAUGACAGUCUGAAGACGGCUGAAGCAUCGCUGCUUGUGACGGUCGAGGACGUGAACGACAACGCGCCCGAGUUCGAUGCAGCCGUGUACGCCGCGGACAUCCUGGAGAACUCCCCCGAAGGCUCCUUCGUGCUGAGAGUCAGGGUCACGGACCGAGACGAGGGCGGGUUCAACGGAACGCUGCAGAUCAUUCCGGAAUCCGUGCCGUUCGCCAUAACCCCUGACGGAGCUCUGCAGGUGAAGAAUUCCACAGCCCUGGACAGAGAGCAGACUCCCAGACUCUCCUUCCAGAUCGAAGCAAGAGAGGACGCCCCGCCCAACCGCGUUGUCCUGGCUGAUGUGGUCGUAACCCUCCUGGAUGCCAACGACAACAACCCUCAGUUUGAGAGUGCCAAUUACGAAGGGAUGAUCUUCAAAAACCAAACAGUGGGGAUGACCGUUGCCACGGUGCACGCUGACGAUCUGGACGAAGGUGCGAACGGACGAGUCUCGUACGCUAUAGAAGGGGGAAACCAGGACGAGUAUUUCUCCAUAAACGCAGAAACCGGACAGAUCACGCUGAUGAAGGAGGUUGUUUUCCAGGAAAACGAAUAUCUCCAGUUCCUCCUGUUCGUAACCGCAAGCGACGGUGGGGAGGUGACCAGGUUCUCCUCCACACAGGUGCGCAUCCUGGCACCUGGCACCUCCAACCCCCAGUUCCUGUUGCCUAGCUACCACGGAAGCCUGCAGGAGGAGAUGGACCCCCCCGUGCAAAUCCUCAAGUUGACCUUCCUCCCUCCUGGGAUUGGCGUGACACUGGCAGUCCUCAGCGAGAUGGACAAGUUCUCCGUGGAGCCUGAUGGCACGUUCCUCACCCUCGUGAGACUGGACCAUGAGGUCCGGACCAACUACUCCGUCAGGGUGUCCAUCUCUGACGGAACCAGCUCCGACGAGACCACGGUUCUGGUGGACGUGAUCGACAUCAACGACAACACGCCCGUUUUCGCCUCCGGUCCGGUGAAGGUGGAUGUCGGCGAAGACGCGGAGCUAGGCGCUAACGUCACAGAGCUGGCGGCCUCCGACGCAGACUCCGGGUUCAACGGCGAGCUUUUCUACUCUCUGCGGGGGGGCGAGGGGAAGUUCAGCAUCGACCCCCAGUCCGCCAUGAUCUCGUUGGCUGGGACACUGGACAGGGAGGCACAGGCUGAGUAUACCCUGGAGGUCGUGGCACGGGACCAAGGUCAACCGCCAAGGUCCUCCAGUGCCGUUGUAGUGGUCAACGUGACCGACGUCAACGACAACAGCCCCCGGUUCCCGCAAGCCCAGUACGAGGAGGUCGUCCCGGAGAACUUCACAGUGGGAACGACGAUCCUGGUGCUGACCGCCACGGAUCCGGACCAGGGCUCCAACGCGCUGGUGACGUACCGGAUCGCCCAGCAGAGCCCGUCCACCGACCCGCCCGUCUUCAUCCUGGACCCGGCGUCUGGCACGCUGUGGCUGAACACGCCGCUGGACUUCGGGAAGGCGAGCGGCUACACCCUGACCGUAGAGGCCGUGGACGGGGGGACGCCGGCUCUUAACGGGACGUGUUUGGUCGCCGUGCGAGUCCAGGACCUGAACAACGAACCGCCCAAAUUCAGCAGAGACCGCUAUGACAUCGCUACCUUUGAGAGCCUGCCCAGCGGAACCGCCAUUCUGACCCUGGAGGUGACAGACGAAGACGAGGCUGGCUUUUCAAAUGGCCACUUCCUCCUGAACAGCGACACCUUCAGUAUAAACACACAGGGAACCCUGUCCCUGAACAGGAACGCAACACUCGACAGGGAGCAGCAGGACAACUACCUUCUGCAGGUGGUGGCGGUCGACUCGGCCACCGAUGGACUGAGUGCCACGGCUCAGCUCAACAUCACCGUCCUGGACGUCAACGACAACAACCCCCAGUUCCUGCCCCUCCCCGACCCCAUCGUCCUCCCCGAGGGGAACUACUCCGCCCAGGCCCCGUUGGAGGUCUGCUCAAUCUCCACCUCCGACCUCGACCAGGGCGACAACGGAAAGGUCACCCUCUCCCUGUCCAAUCCCGGCGCCCCGUUUCAGUUCACGGAGGACGGGAUGCUCUUGGCUGUGGGACCUCUGGAUCGAGAAGAGAAGGACACCUAUGACCUGGUGAUAGCAGCCUCUGACCACGGCUCGCCACAGAGAAAGAACGUCACCUACAUCACAGUCACCGUCACAGACGUGAACGACAACGCCCCGGAGUUCAGCCAGGGGGUGUACUCCCGUGACAUCCUGGUGAAGGACGCCGCAGUGGGGGACCUGGUGCUGACGCUCUCUGCUACGGACCGGGACGCCGGGGUCAACGCAAACAUCACAUACAGUUUCUCUGCAGGCUCGCCUCUCCUGAGCCUCGACAGUAAGACGGGUGACAUCACGCUGACCUCCGACCUUUCAGGGGUCACAAAGGAUACCGUGCUGGAGGUCACUGCCGUGGCCCAGGACCAGGGGGAGCCCCAGCGCUCCUCCACAGCGAUGGUCGAGGUGUCCCUCUUCACCGUCAGCCUGACGCCGGGCGUGGACUUCCAGAGCCCCGCCUACAACUUCUCUGUGGCGGAGAACGAGCCGGCGGGCGCGGCGGUGGGCGUGGUCAAGGCCCUGACUGGCAGCUCAUUGACCCAGGUGACCUACGCCCUGGGGUCGCACACGGACCUGUUCGCCGUGGACGAGGAGGGCGUGGUCAGCACGCUCCAGCCACUGGACGCAGAGACGCAGGAGUGGUACAACAUGGCGGUGGAGGCCACAGACUCCAGGACCCCGCCCAACACGGCUGUAACCAUGGUGUCGGUCCGGGUGGAGGACGUGAACGAGGCGCCGGUCUUUAACAACAGCGUCUACAGCGCCAACAUCUUCAGCAUCGCGCCCUACAAAUACCCCGUCCUGCAGGUGGAGGCCACGGACCCGGACGUGGGGCAGACAGGGCAGCUGGUGUACAGCCUGGAGCAGGACAGCGGGUUGCUGGAGGUGGAGCCCUCCUCUGGGCGGGUGUACGUGGUGUCAGUGGAGGGCCAGGCUGGAGAGAAGACCCUGACGGUGAGGGCCACAGACCCCCAGGGCCUCAGGGCCACAGCGGAGGUCAAGGUGACAAUCCAGGAGAGCGAAGCGGCCGACACGGUGGUCAUCUCUCUGAACCAGCCCAUCAACACGGUGGACGAGAAAUUUGUGGAACUGGAGAGCUCCCUGGAGAUCGCGCUGGAUUGGACAGUGAAGGUCCUCAGCAUCACGAGCAUCAGCACCUUUGGGGGCGGGGCCAGGUCCUCCAGGGAGACCGGCAAGACAUAUGUCACCUUCAUAGCCAUGGAUGCUGCCAGCGCCAUCGUGCCCUAUGAAGACGUCGAAAGGAAGCUGCAGAGCGAGAGGGACGCUGUGACGGCCGAGCUGGCCAAGGUGUUCGGACAGGAAGUGGAACACGCCCUGGAGGCGGGGCCGGGGGAGCCAGACUCCUCCCAGCAGACGGUCGUCAUCGUUCUGGGCGUGCUGCUGGCGCUGAGCAUGCUGGGAUUGGUGGCGGUGGUCGUGACCAUGGUGGUCAAGUCCCGGAAGCACAGCAAAGGGGGCAAAGAGAGCUCGCCGAAGGACAUGGUCAGCUUCGGGAACCACUACCAAGAGCACAGGAAUUCACUUGCUUCUGAAUCAGGAAGCAGCAAUCAGGAGGCGAAUCCCGAAAGGAAGACGUCAACCAGGAAAAGCAGCAACAGUGGAAACAGCCACACUUCAGCGCUCUGAGACCAUCACACAUACACACACACACACACACACACGCACACUUCAGCGCUCUGAGACCAUCACACACACACACACACACACACACACACACACUUCAGCGCUGAGACCACCACACACACACACACACACAGACACACACACACACACACACACUCUCACACACACACACGCACACUUCAGCGCUGAGACCACCACACACAGACACACACACACACACACUUCAGCGCUGAGACCACCACACACACACACACACACACACACACACACACACACACUUCAACGCUGAGCCCAACGCAAAAAGCACUUUAGUAAGAAAAGCAUGUUUCAUGCUGCUGUCCUCAAUCUUCCAAACGUUGUACUCAUGUUGAUUCUGCUACUGCACUGAAUGCAACACAAAACACACACUCAUUGAUAAGGAGACUUUUAAAUUAAAUUAUUUUUUCCACUUUUAA